AUGGUCUUGUUCGCAGUAAGAACGGACAACACUGGUUUCGAUUCCAACAGCCCGGAAUACGCGUUGUACAAGAAUACUAGGUUCAAGGACUGUUACAACACCCCUCUGUCUGCCAUCACGUACAAUUGCUCCGCUGUCAAAGCCUCUUUACAAGACCAGAACACUGUUGUGGGAAUGACCACACCGUCUUUGUCAAUUCCGAAUAAUUCGAAUGAGAACAAAACCGUUUACAGCUGGUGUGAGGUAAUGAGCUGUCUCAAUGACCUUAAGGUGGUACCAUCCACACCACGCCCAUCGGCCUUCUGGGCGACGAGCCUUGAAGUAUGGAACAAGGCUGCUAUCACUUUCAUUACUUCAUUUUGGCAACUCCACAAGCUUCAAAAGGCCCUUUAUAGCGACAAAGAUACCUUCUGUAAAGGGAUAGAGUGGGAUACUUGGCUUAUCAUGGCCUGGGAUCUCGCUUCGUUUAUCUGGUGGUGCUUUGGUUUUGGCAGAUUUGCCAUGUUUCCAACACGAUACCCUAUGCCUUCCAUGCUAGGCUGGGUAUCGCUAUGGAAGUAUUGUUAUAUGAUACACUAUCAUCCAUUUGAGUGUGUCCUCCGACCCUCUCCUAAAACGGCACGAAAUAUAAGGUGGACACUCUACAUUUUAGCAACUCUGCAGUGGAUAGCUUCACUGUAUAUCUGUGUGUUCACAUGGAAAUGGGGUAGUAAGCAUGUCUCACGCUAUCCUGCAUAUGAAUGCCUCACCUCUCGCAUCCAGGAUGCACCUGGCACCUCGUCGUGCUCAGCAGAGCAAAUCUGCUCCAACGAGCUACUGUUCAAAUCUUGGGUCUUCCACUAUCCCUAUCAAUUCAUCGAUGGUUACGUUUCUCUUGCAUGUCUGGUUUUGGGGCUUUCCUUCAUUGCUAUUGUGAUGAUAUGUUCCCUCGGCGCAUUCCCGUUGAUCGCAUCCCUGGUGAAAGGGGGGAGUCCUGGAAAAUGGAGGAAAAAAGCAUCUAACUUUGAUUUCGGGUAUGCCGGUGGUGUCGGGUUGGCAGGAGUUGCGUGUAUACUUAUUGCUGCUUUGACCGGCGUUGAUGCAAUCCAGGCACUUGACCGUCCUCGCGAGGGUGCUAUUGGAUUUAACUGGGAGUGCAAUGCGUUGCAUGUCACAGUGAGCUCAUGGAGGUACUACUUGGAUGUUAAUUAUGAGCUACCAGUACGAGCGGCUAGAAUGUGGUUUAAUUCAUGA